UUAUGCAGAGGGCUUGAAAAGUUGGCAUCCAGAGCAGGCCAUCCAUAACCAUGUCACACUUCUACUUGACUCCACAAAUCGUUCUGCCCUUUAGCCCUCUCACCUCUCGAGAGUUCGAUCUGAUCAGACGCAAGGCUGGAGCAUCUUGGCAGAAGGAAACAAGAUGGUUGGACUCAUCUGUAACAGCAUACACAGGCAGUUACCGGAAAAAACAACUGGAUACGUUGGAUAAGUCCAUGAGCACCCGAUUUUCUUUGAAAGCAGGACAGCAUCGGCCUGAGUGUAACCAGAUAUCAUCACCAGAUUCUGCCUUCAAUCCCACAGUCUGCAGGGCUGGCUCCCGAGAGACUACAGAUGCGAAGGGACUAUUUCCUCAAAUAAGCAGUUCUUUUAAAAAUUCACCUGAUGUCAAGCACAGUGUGACACACCAAAUUCUGUUUGGUGAUUUUUCUCCAGCACCUCCAAAUUACGGAAAAUCAUGUAUGAGAAUUAAAAAGCCAGUAUCUAAGAAUCUGACGAGCUACAAUCAACUAAAGAAAGACUUUCUGAAGCAUAGGUGCUGUAUUUUGGGGGAGGAGAACAAGCACUGAGAUGUAAAAUGCACAAGUUCCCCGCAUCAGCAUCAUCGGCAACAAGUAGGGAUUGAAGGAAAUUUUCAGCAACCGGUAAGGAUUGGAUGGUUGAAAUGUUCAACCACCAUUAACAAUAUUCUCACUUUUUAAAAAGUAUUUGCCUGGUGGCUAAUGCCUUGGUAACCCAUCUUCUUACUGUCGCUAUUUCUGGGUCCUAUCUUCAAGAAACUCACGUUGUAAAACUGGAAAGCAGAGCAAUCACACCCAGGAAUUCCAGCCUACAGGAACAGUAGGGAAGACGGGCAAGAAUCUUACCACAUAAGGGGUGAUUGGGCAAGGCCAGAAGCAGUGGUAGUUCGGCUGUGAUUCCAGAGUUCCUGCAUUUUUUUCUCUCUCCUGCUUAUUGACUGGCCUUCCUGGCAGAGGCACGAUAUAUGUAAUAGGAAGGUUAACGGAGAUGGAAGAAGAUGCAGGGAGAAUCCCAACUCCUGCUCAAGAAUGAGCUCUUUGCACCUGCAUUCCCAGUGCCGUGCAAAAAGCAACCUCUGCGGAUGGGCGAAUGCUAACAACGCCGCCGUUUUCCUCCAGCUUCAGCAACAGGGUAAUUCCGCAAGCAAGGCGGGCUCGUCGGACGACUCAGAAGGGGAUCAGUACUCCGAUUAUAGUCUGGGAGCACCGGCAUCGUCUCUUAGCUGGGUCGCAAAACCAAGUCCCAAAGG